AUACAACGAGAAGAGAGAACGUGGUAGGUGGUAACCAGGUAACCGGUCUCUCUCUCUCUCUCUCUCUCACACACACACAGAAAAUCGAUGGAGAAGAUAGAGCACAAAUUUGUGGAGGUGAAGGAGGGGCAGAAGAUCCACGUGGCGGAGAUCGGAAGCGGCCCCAAGGCGGUGGUGUUCCUGCACGGUUUCCCGGAGAUAUGGUACUCCUGGCGCCACCAGAUGAUCGCCCUCGCCGGCGCCGGUUAUCGAGCCAUCGCUCCCGAUUACAGAGGCUACGGCCUGUCCGAUCCCCCUCCCGAUCCCGGAAGCAUGUCGUUCGUGGACUUGGCCACCGACAUCGUCCUACUUCUUGAUCUUCUCAACAUUCCCAAGGUUUUUCUCGUUGGUAAAGACUUUGGAGCUCCACUUGCCUACCUCGUUGCUCUUCUGGAACCAGAGAGAGUCUUGGGAGUAGUAGCAUUGGGUGUGCCAUUCCUCGCCCCACGUAGCUCUUCACACAACAGUGCUCCCCCGGAAGGCUUCUACAUCUCAAGAUGGAAGGAACCUGGACGAGCUGAAGCUGAUUUUGGUCGAUUCGACGCAAGAACGGUUGUUCGGAACAUCUACAUUCUCUUCUCCAGGAGUGAAAUACCAAUAGCUGCCUCAGACCAGGAAAUCAUGGACGUGGUGGAACCAUCCACUCCUUUACCCCCUUGGUUCACAGAAGAAGAUCUAGCAACCUAUGCAGCUUUAUACGAGAAAUCAGGAUUCCAAACUGCCUUACAAGUUCCUUACAGGACAAUGGAGGAACAGUUCGGCAAGCCACAACCGAAAACUGAAGUUCCAUCGCUGCUGAUAAUGGGCGAGAAGGACUACGUCUUAAAAUUUCCUGGAAUGGAGGACUACAUAAGAGGAGGAGAGGUGAAGACAUAUGUGCCAAAUCUAGAGACCAUCUUCCUGCCUGAGGGAACUCAUUUUGUCCAGGAGCAGUCCCCGGAUCAAGUAAAUCAUCUCCUCCUCACCUUCCUCAGUAAGCAUUAUUGAUUACAAUAUAUGUCAGUAUAAAAUGAAGCGAUUAAUGCUCGGAUGAUAGAUCCUAUUGGCUUACAGACAUGAACCAGAAGAUUAUGGCAUUAAUUUAGCUGUUGAAGCGGAAUAGCUCAAAUUUUGAUUA